CACACACAGAGAGCUCGUCGUUCACUCAUCUUGAGACCAGCUACAGCUAGGGGAACAUUAUAAAAGCACCACCGUCUUUGUCUUUGUCGCAUCUGCUGUGCUGCUUCUCGUCAAACCCUAUACGAUCCUGCCCGCGGGCGCGCUUUGUACCACCUCAGGCUAGCGCCGCGACGCUGCUAGAUUCAAUACCUUGCUCGCUUGCCUGCUUGCCUGCCCACACACCCACCACUAGUGUCAACCACCCAUAGCACACCCUUCCCCCAACACGCACAAAGAUGGUACCUGAAGUGACCGCAACGCAAGUACAGGCACAUGGGGCGGACUCCACCCACGGCAACAACACCAAGGCCAUCACCCCGGCUGGCACCACCGCGCAGCCCGCCAAUGGCAGCGCAAACACCGAGAACCCCAACCAGGGCGUCGGAGAGGCGAUCAUGUACCAUGCGCAGGCCAUAGUCUGCAACAAUAAGGGCACUUCUGGCAAGGAGACAGGAAAGACGUUCGCAGCGCAGGACAAACUGCCCAAGCUGCCCAUCCCGAAGCUAGAGGACACGUGCCGGAGAUACCUGCACUCUCUGCAGCCACUGCAGGAGCCCGACGACCAUGAACAGACCAAAAAAGUCGUUGAAGAAUUUCUCAAGAAUGAAGGGCCAAGGUUGCACAAGAACCUGGAAGAGUAUGCAGCCUCGCGGACGAGCUACAUCUCCGAGUUCUGGGACGAGAGCUAUCUUCAAGCCUCCGAAUCUGUCGUGCUCAACCUCAAUCCUUUCUUCAUACUUGAAGACGACCCGACGCCUUCACGCGGAAACCAGCUGAUGCGUACCACCAAUUUGAUCCUCGCCUCCCUCGCAUUCAUCCAUGACAUGCGAAACGGCGUGCUGGAGCCAGACAGGGUCCGCGGCACGCCUCUUGAUAUGUACCAAUACACCCGUCUCUUUGGCACGGCAAGGAUCCCGACCGCGCAAGGAUGUCGCAUGGUGUCGGCCGUUGAGUCGCGUCACAUUGUCGUCUUCCGCCGUGGGCAGAUGUAUUGGUUCGAUACGCUCGAUGCCAAGCAUCGCCCGCUGCUGUCGGAGCGUGCGCUGUUCGCAAACCUGCAAGCAAUCUGCAAUGACGCAGACAAUGUCGACAGUCAUGAGGUCGCCGCUGCGUCGCUCGGCGUGCUGUCGACCGAAAACCGGCGCGUGUGGUCCGCGCAUCGCAACACACUGCACUCGGACCAGCACAACAGCAAGUGCCUGCAGGUCCUGGACACCGCGCUUUUCGUUGUUUGCAUGGACGACUCGGAGCCCUCGUCGAGCGCCGAGCUGUGCAACAACAUGCUCUGCGGGACGUACCAGCUCAGCAAUCGCGUCCAGGUCGGCACAUGCACGAACCGGUGGUACGACAAGCUGCAGAUCAUUGUGUGCGCCAACGGCGCUGCGGGUAUCAACUUUGAGCACACUGGCGUCGAUGGACACACGGUGCUGCGCUUCGUAGCAGACAUAUACACAGAGCUGAUCAUGCGCUUUGCCAAGUCGAUCAACUCAGCGACUAAGUCGCUGUUUCAGGCCAAGACGUCGCCAUAUGCCAGGGGCAUUGGAAGCAAGGCCAAGUCUAUUCCAGAGGAGGAGGAUGAAGAGGAGUAUGAAGAGGAGUACGACACCGAACCGAAGAAGCUCGAGUGGAACCUGACGCCGCCGAUCAAAGCGGCGAUCCGCUUUGCCGAGUCUCGCCUGAGUGACUUGAUCUGCCAGAACGAGUGCCAGGUGCUUGAGUUUGAUCGGUACGGCAAGAACUUCAUAACGCGGCACAAAUUCUCGCCGGACGCGUUCGUCCAGAUGGCCUUCCAGGCGGCGUACUACACGCUCUACGGUCGCUUCGAGACGACGUACGAGCCAGCGAUGACCAAGGCGUUCCUGCACGGGCGCACCGAGGCCAUACGCACGGUGCAGCCUGUGAGCGUCGACUUUUGCAAGGCGUUCGUCAGCGACAAAGCCGAGGUCCAGGAGAAGAUCAACGCGCUGCGCAAGGCGUGCGACGCACAUGCUAAGCUUUCGAAGGCUUGUGCCAGCGGACAAGGCCACGAUCGACACCUGUAUGCCAUGCUCGCACUCUUCAAGAAGCAGCAGCAGAUGGAAAAGGACAGUAAGAGCGGCAAUGGCAACAGCAGGAGUAGCAGCUGCUGCACCGCGAAUGGAAGCGGCGAGUCCACACCGGCGAUCUUUGAAGACGCAGGCUACACCACCCUCAACCACACUGUCCUCUCCACAUCCAACUGCGGCAACCCGGCGCUGCGGCUGUUCGGCUUUGGGCCUGUCGCACCGGACGGCUUCGGGCUGGGGUACAUCAUCAAGGACGACGCGAUCAGCAUCUGUGCGUCGUCGAAGCAUCUGCAGACGAAGCGCUUCCUCGACACGCUGCGUGAGUACUUCCUCGAGAUCCAGCGCAUGAUCAUCAGUGUCUACAAGGCCGCCAACACACGCGCCGUCGAGACGUACAUCGACCACUUUGGCGUCGAGUGCGAUGUGCGCACCGGCCUGCCCAUAGGCUCCAAGCGCCCAUCCACUGCCGGCGCCAGUGCUUGCGCUGGCGCUACAGCGAACGGAUACCCGGAUGACUGGGACGUGUGGGAAAAGCAGGGUGGCGGAGUCAGCGGCUACUCGUUCUUCGACGCUGGCUCCGCUGCAGAGGUGCAGAAGCACAGGCGGAAGCGCUCCACCGGAAGUCGCGCGUUCAACGUCGGACGGAAGCUUGUGUACAACGAAUAUUCAUGAGCCGCUCUGGCCCAAGAAACUUAGCAUUGUCCCAUUCUCGAUACAUACAGCAUUCGAUCAAACGUGUAUUGCCGCAUUUUUCCUGAUCAUAGUGUGGAGCAUUCCCU